AUGCCUCGUCGCAUUCCAUUUUCCCCAAAGAAAAAGAGGGACCAGAUCCUGGGCAAGCGCGCACAAAAGCGCGGCGACACUGAGCUCGCACCCGACCCCCACGACCCCGGCCGUGCUCGCAAAGGCACGAAGAAAUCCACCCGCGCUGCCGGCUCUUCUCGCCGGCUUCAGUCCUCUUUCGUCAAGCUUCCUACUCCCUUCCUCGAGCACACCCGCGUCCUCGCAUCCACCCUGCCCCUCGGCCGACCGAUUUCGACCGAUGCCGCUGUCUUGCAGGAGCACUGGGACCCUCUCGAGGGCGCACCCCCUCUGACGUGCCCCAAGCGACCCAGGUGGCG